AUGAGUAAGAAGUGUGCCAGAGAAGAGUGCGGUAAAACCGUUUAUCCACUUGAAGAAUUGAAAUGCCUGGACAAAGUUUGGCAUAAAGGAUGCUUCAGAUGCACAGUAUGUGGCAUGGUUUUGAAUAUGAAAAAUUAUAAAGGAUAUGAUAAAAUGCCGUACUGCGAACCUCAUUAUCCAAAAACGGUAGCGUCAGUGGUUGUCGAUACGCCGGAAAUGAAGCGUCUAGCAGAAAAUACCAGAUUGCAGAGUCAGAUUAAGUAUCACGAAGAAUUCGAGAAAUCGAAAGGACAUAGAAUCCAAGUGGCGGAUGAUCCCGAACUGACUCGGCAUCUUCAGAACACCAAGAUUCAGUCUCAGGUAGCUUAUCACGGUGAACAGAACAAAAAGAAGUUACAAGAUGAGAUUCGACCCCAGCCAGAACAGCAAAACAUUUCUAAUGGCGGAGUAUCUUUGAAUGCUAAUAAUGUGCCUGAAUCACCUUCAACGUAUGCCCCGCCCUUAUCUGCUGCUGUUCAUCAACCAACAACGCCGUAUUCCAGCAAACUUGCUCGACAAUCCGGAACUCUAAUUUAUUCAUCCGAACAAGGUGGCAAAGUGCCUAUCCAGCAGCGUCAGGUUGGCAGCAUAGCUGAUUACGAUCCUUUAAAUGGAAAUUGGGGAACGGUAGGAUCGAGUCGAGCAGGUCAACUGUCAGCUUCAAAUGCCGGAACAACUGGUUCGAAUAUAAAAGGAAUUGGUCGAUCAAGUACGAAAGAAGUGGGCUUUGCAGUGAAAGCACUUUAUGAUUACACCGCUGCUGAUAAAGAUGAGGUGACAUUCGUUGAAGGCGAUAUCAUUGUGAAUUGCCAGAAGGUUGAUGAAGGCUGGUUAACAGGCACUGUGCAGAGAACGCUGCAGUGGGGAAUGUUACCUGCAAAUUAUGUGGAAAAAGUUAAACAGCCAACAGGGCUUCACUAUCUCAGCUGA